CCUAUUAAAAUCCACCCAUUCCCCUUCAUCCCUCCCUCCGCCGCUCUCCCCUCCCAAACCCCGUGCGCCCAGAUCCUAGGGUUUCCCGAUCUCCUCACCCUCCCCAUCCGCCGCCGGCCGCCGACGAGGAGAGCGCCGCCGCGAUGUUGGAGCUACGGUUGGUGCAGGGGAGCCUCCUCAAGAAGGUCCUGGAGGCCAUCCGCGAGCUGGUCACCGAUGCCAACUUUGACUGCUCCGGGACCGGGUUCUCGCUGCAGGCCAUGGACUCCAGCCACGUCGCGCUCGUCGCCCUGCUCCUCCGCGCCGAGGGGUUCGAGCACUACCGCUGCGACCGCAACCUCUCCAUGGGCAUGAACCUCAAUAACAUGGCCAAGAUGCUCCGCUGCGCCGGCAACGACGACAUCAUCACCAUCAAGGCCGACGAUGGAUCUGACACCGUCACAUUCAUGUUCGAGUCGCCCAAGCAAGAUAAGAUUGCUGACUUCGAGAUGAAGCUCAUGGACAUCGAUAGCGAGCACCUUGGCAUCCCGGAUUCCGAGUACCAGGCCAUCGUCCGCAUGCCGUCUGCUGAGUUUAUGAGGAUCUGCAAGGACCUCAGCAGCAUCGGGGACACAGUUGUCAUCUCGGUGACUAAAGAGGGCGUCAAGUUCUCAACCUCAGGAGAAAUUGGGAGCGCAAACAUUGUCUGCAGGCAGAACCAAACUGUUGACAAGCCAGAAGAAGCUACCAUUAUAGAGAUGCAAGAACCAGUUUCCCUGACGUUUGCCCUGAGGUACAUGAACUCCUUCACCAAGGCAUCUUCACUGUCUGACCAAGUGACUAUCAGCCUUUCAUCCGAGCUACCAGUGGUGGUUGAGUACAAGAUCGCAGAGAUGGGCUACAUUAGAUUCUAUCUGGCGCCAAAGAUUGAGGAAGAUGAGGAGAUGAAGCCUUGAUGACCACGAUAUGAAGCUCAUGUUGCCUACAUUUCCUUGUCUUCCAACCAUCGUUUGCUUAGCUAUUGUUUGCAAGCAAAAAAGGGUGUUAUGUGUUAUCUCUUAGGCCAGACUGCUUAGCUACUUGUAUUUGUGACUGCUCUGUGAAUCCAUGGAUUUACAGUGAAUCUAGAUUAGUGGGCUUGUGUUUUGUGCAUGUUGCUUCUAUUUGCCCUUUUCAAUUCAGUCAUGAAAUUCUUUACUGGAGAGCACAAUGUGCCUUUGGUAAUGACCCUGGUGGUUGCCGGAUAAAGAAGCCUUCCUUGAA